CUCUCCCCAAACAGGGCAAUUCCCUAACUUUUCUCUUUUUCUCACAAGCCUAUAGUUAAAUAUUCCAUUCUGGAGCACAUAUCCUGUCUCAAAUUCCGACUCUGGGCUCCUCGACGCCGAAAAUCACUCCAACUGUUGCAAGCCCCUAAUCUGGCCUGCAUACCAGGACUGGAUCCAGGUCUAGAUCCAUCUGCUCAGCCUGGGUCCACAGUCAGAGAGUGAGUGCUAACACAGAGGGACUGCAGUCAGAGGGACAGCCAGACAGACCAAUGGGGAAUCUGGCUCAGAUGCUGCUGGGAUGGGCAGCAGUGUGUCUUGCGGCGGUCCAUGUAGCGUGCAGUCAAACAGGGAAUGGACCAUUUCAAGCUAGUCGUCUGCCCAGCGCUGUGGACCAGAGAGAGGUGCAGCGAGUUCGACGCCGUGGCCAGGAAACACUGAGAGGGCCGAACGUGUGUGGCUCUCGCUUCCAUUCAUACUGCUGUCCAGGCUGGAAGACACUGCCAGGAGGAAACCAGUGCAUUGUUCCCAUUUGUAGGAACUCGUGUGGCGAUGGCUUCUGUUCCAGACCCAACAUGUGUACCUGUUCAAGCGGUCAGGUCUCUCCCAGCUGUGGAGGAGGAGCUGGAGUUCAGUCCUGUAACAUCAGGUGUAUGAAUGGCGGCAGCUGUGCCGAGGACUCCUGCUCCUGUCCAAACGGCUACACCGGCAGCCACUGUGGCCAACCUGUGUGUGAGAAAGGCUGCCAGAAUGGUGGACGCUGCAUUGGGCCCAACAGAUGUGCCUGCGUCUAUGGUUUCACUGGUCCACAGUGUGAGCGAGACUACAGGACUGGACCCUGUUUCACCCAGGUCAACAACCAGAUGUGCCAGGGCCAGAUCAGUGGGAUCGUUUGCACCAAAACACUGUGUUGCGCCACCAUUGGUCGAGCAUGGGGUCACCCCUGUGAGCAGUGCCCCGCCCAGCCACACCCCUGCAGACGAGGAUUCAUCCCCAACAUCCGCACCGGAGCCUGUCAAGAUGUGGACGAGUGCCAGGCGGUGCCAAACAUGUGUGCCGGAGGAAACUGCAUCAACACGGUGGGAUCUUAUGAAUGUAAAUGCCCCGCUGGUCACCGCCAGAGCGAAACCUCCCACAAAUGUGAAGAUGUUAAUGAAUGCAGCACCAUCCCUGGUGUGUGUGAUGGCGGCGAAUGCACCAACACCGCCGGCAGCUACGUCUGCACCUGUCCACGAGGCUACAUCUCCAGCACAGAUGGUUCCAGAUGUGUGGACCAACGUAUCGGCACCUGUUUCUUCGGAGGAAAUGGGGGCGGUUUUGGAGGCAACGGAGGAAGCUUCGGGGGCAACGGAGGCGUAAACAUGAACCACCAGCUGAUCAGCACCGUGUCUGUCAACGAUUCCAUUGACGUCUGCAAACAUUUCACCAACCUCUGUCUGAACGGACGCUGCAUUCCCACGCCGACCAGCUACCGCUGCGAAUGCAACAUGGGCUACAAGCAGGACGUCCGUGGGGAGUGUAUCGAUGUGGACGAGUGUGUGAGUAAUCCAUGCAUCAACGGAGAUUGUGUUAACACACCCGGGUCGUAUCACUGCAAGUGUCACGAGGGUUACACUGGAACGUCUACCAAACAAGCAUGCAUUGACAUUGACGAGUGCAUUAUGAACGGGGUAAUGUGUCGCAAUGGCCGCUGCGUCAACACAGAGGGCAGCUUCCAGUGCAUCUGCAACGCUGGCUUCGAGCUCACCCCUGACAGGAAGAGCUGCAUCGAUCACGAUGAAUGCGCCACCACCAACAUGUGCCUGAACGGCAUGUGUAUCAACGAGGACGGGAGCUUCAAGUGCAUCUGCAAGCCAGGCUUCGCACUAGCACCAAACGGACGCUACUGUACAGACAUAGACGAGUGUCAGACGUCGGGCAUCUGCAUGAACGGCCGCUGCAUCAACUCGGGGGGGUCCUUCCGCUGCGACUGCCCACCGGGCCUGGCGAUCGCCGUGGACGCCACGCACAUGAGAACGACAUGUUACGGUGCCAUAAAGAUGGGCACGUGCUCGCGUCCCUUCCCUGGAGCGGUCACCAAGUCCGAGUGUUGCUGCGCUAAUCCAGAACACGGCUUCGGAGAGCCAUGUCAACCCUGUCCCUCCAGGAACUCAGCUGAGUUCCAGGCCGUGUGCAGCAGCGGCAUUGGUAUCACAGCUGAUGGCAGAGACAUCAACGAGUGUGCCCUGGACCCAGACAUCUGUCAGAACGGCAUUUGUGAGAACCUGAGAGGAAGCUACCGCUGCAUCUGCAACAUCGGCUACGAGUCUGACACCAGUGGAAAGAACUGUGUUGAUAUCAACGAGUGUCUUGUCAACCGGCUGCUCUGUGACAACGGUCUCUGCAGGAACACACCUGGCUCCUACUCCUGCUCGUGUCCUAAAGGAUUUGUCUUCAAACCUGACUCAGAGACGUGUGAAGACAUCAACGAAUGUGAUUCCAGCCCGUGCAUCAACGGAGUGUGUCGCAAUGUGGCUGGGUCCUUCAACUGUGAAUGUGCCCAUGGCAGCAAGCUGGACUCCACCAACACCAUCUGUGUGGACAGUAUGAAGAGCACCUGCUGGCUGACCAUACAGGACAACCGCUGUGAGGUCAACAUCAACGGAGCCACUCUGAAGUCCGAGUGCUGCUCCACCCUGGGGGCGGCCUGGGGCAGCCCCUGUGAGCCCUGCGAGAUCGACACCGCUUGUUCGAGAGGAUUCGCACGUAUGAAGGGCCUCGUGUGUGAAGAUGUGAAUGAGUGUAAGGUCUUCAACCGUCUGUGUACGUACGGACCCUGCCGCAACACCAUCGGCAGCUUCAAGUGUCGCUGCAACAACGGCUUCGCUCUCACGGCCGAGGAAAGGAACUGCACAGACAUCGACGAGUGCCGCAUCUCCCCCGACCUGUGCGGCCACGGCACCUGCGUCAACACCCCGGGCAGCUUCGAGUGCGAGUGCUUCGAGGGCUACGAGAGCGGCUUCAUGAUGAUGAAGAACUGCAUGGACAUUGACGAGUGUGAGCGAGAACCCCUGCUGUGCCGUGGAGGAAUCUGUCUGAACACUGAGGGGAGUUAUGAGUGUGAAUGUCCCACUGGAUUCUCACUCAGCACCGACGGUUCUGCUUGUGAAGAUGUGAACGAGUGUCAGCUGAGUGAGAACCUGUGCAGAAAUGGAAAGUGUGUGAACAUGGCUGGAACUUACCAGUGCACCUGUGACACUGGGUACCAGGCCACGCCAGACCGACAGGGCUGUGUUGAUAUUGACGAGUGCACCAUCAUGAACGGAGGAUGUGAGACUCACUGCACAAACUCAGAGGGCAGUUACGAGUGCAGCUGCAGCGAGGGCUACGCCCUCAUGCCUGACCUCAGGACCUGCGCAGAUAUCGACGAGUGUGAGGAGACACCGGAGAUCUGCGAUGGAGGUCAGUGCACCAACAUCCCCGGAGAAUACCGCUGUCUGUGUUACGACGGCUUCAUGGCGUCCAUGGACAUGAGGACGUGUAUCGACGUGAAUGAGUGUGACCUGAACCCGAACAUCUGUCUCCAUGGCGACUGUGAGAACACCAAAGGUUCCUUCAUCUGCCACUGUCAGCUGGGCUACUUCGUCAAGAAAGGAUCCACCGGCUGCACAGAUGUGGAUGAGUGCGAGAUCGGCGCUCACAACUGCAACAUGCACGCCGCGUGCAUCAACGUUCCUGGGAGCUUCAAAUGUCGCUGUCGGGACGGCUGGAUAGGAGACGGCAUCAAGUGUAUUGACCAGGACGAGUGCUCCUUUGAAGACCACAACUGUAACCCCAACGCAGACUGCGUCAACACCCCGGGGUCGUACAGGUGCACCUGUAAAGACGGCUUCAACGGAGACGGCUUCUCAUGCUCUGACAUGGACGAGUGUGCGGACAACGUGAACCUGUGUGAGAACGGCCAGUGUCUGAACGCUCCGGGCGGAUACCGCUGCGAGUGUGAGAUGGGCUUCACACCCACAGAAGACAGCAAAGCCUGUCAAGACAUCGAUGAGUGUAACUUCCAGAACAUCUGUGUGUUCGGAACCUGCCAGAACCUUCCCGGGAUGUUCCGCUGCGUGUGCGACGACGGUUACGAGCUGGACCGCAGCGGAGGAAACUGCACCGAUAUCAACGAGUGUUCUGACCCCGUGAACUGCAUCAACGGACUGUGUGUCAACACUCCAGGAAGUUACCUGUGCAACUGCCCAGCUGACUUUGAGCUGAACCCCACAGGAGUGGGCUGCGUGGACACUCGUGUCGGCAACUGCUUCCUGGACGUCUUCGCUCGCGGUGAUGGAGGAAUCUCCUGCACGGCCGAGAUCGGCGUGGGAGUGCCUCGCGCCUCCUGUUGUUGCUCCCUGGGAGGAGCCUGGGGAAACCCCUGUGAACUCUGCCCAGCUCCCAACUCCACCGAGUACAAGACGCUGUGUCCCGGAGGAGAGGGAUUCAGACCCAACCCCAUCACUGUCAUCCUGGAAGACAUUGACGAGUGCCAGGAGCUGCCAGGCCUCUGCCAGGGUGGAAACUGUGUCAACACCUUCGGCAGCUUCCAGUGCGAGUGUCCUGCUGGCUACUACCUCAACGAGGAGACGCGCAUCUGCGAGGAUAUCGACGAGUGCACAACUCACAUCGGCAUCUGUGGACCUGGAACCUGCUACAACACCCUGGGCAACUACACCUGUGUGUGUCCGCCCGAAUACAUGCAGGUUAACGGAGGAAACAACUGCAUGGGUGACCCCUACAACGGAGGGAAAGCCGGGAACAAGCCGUGUGAGGCCUGUCCCACUCCUGCCACCUCUGAGUACCAGCUGCUCUGUGGAAACCAGGCUCCUGGAUUCAUUAUUGACAUUCACACCGGCAAACCCAUCGACAUCGACGAGUGCAGGGAGAUCCCAGGUAUCUGUGCCAGCGGAGUGUGUAUCAAUCAGAUUGGAAGCUUCCGCUGCGAGUGUCCCAUGGGCUUCAGUUACAACAACAUACUCCUGAUCUGUGAAGAUAUUGAUGAGUGCAACAGCGGGGACAACCUGUGCCAACGGAACGCCAAGUGCAUCAAUAUACCAGGGAGCUACCGAUGCGAGUGUUCGCCAGGGUUCAAACUGUCCCCCAGCGGGGCCUGUGUGGACCGUAACGAAUGCCUGGAGAUUCCCAACGUCUGCAGCCACGGCGACUGCAUCGACACGGAGGGCAGUUAUCGCUGUCUGUGCCUGAACGGCUUCAAGGUUUCUGCUGACCAGACCAUGUGCAUGGACGUGGACGAGUGCGACCGACAGCCGUGUGGUAACGGUACCUGCAAAAACACCGUGGGAUCCUACAACUGUCUCUGCUUCCCUGGGUUUGAGCUCACGCACAACAACGACUGCAUGGACGUGGACGAGUGCAUCGCCCUCCAGGGCCAGGUCUGCAGGAACGGACAGUGCAUCAACGCACUCGGAUCCUUCCAGUGUCUCUGCCUCGAGGGUUACGAGAACACGCCUGAUGGAAAGAAUUGCGUCGAUAUUAACGAGUGUGUGAGUCUGCCCGGGACUUGUUCUCCAGGAACAUGUCAGAACCUGGACGGAUCCUUCAGAUGCAUCUGUCCACCAGGAUACGAAGUGCAAAAUGACCAGUGCAUCGAUAUUAACGAGUGUGAGGAGCCCAACAUCUGCCAGUUUGGCACCUGCACCAACACCCCCGGCAGCUUCCAGUGCUCCUGCCAGCCCGGCUUCGUGCUCUCCGACAACAAACGUCGUUGCUACGAUACCAGAGAGAGCUUCUGUUUCACCAAAUUCGAUGCGGGUAAAUGCUCCGUCCCCAAAGCCUUCAACACCACCAAGGCUAAGUGCUGCUGCAGUAAGAUGCCUGGAGAGGGCUGGGGUCUCCCCUGUGAGCUGUGCCCACGGGAAACAGAUGCUGCUUUCAGCACCCUGUGUCCCUUCGGCCACGGAGUCGUCCCUGGACCGGGUGAAGCCCGUGAAGAUAUGAACGAGUGUCUGGAGAAUCCUGGCAUCUGCCAGAACGGUAUCUGCAUCAACACCGACGGUUCUUUCCGCUGUGAAUGUCCCUUUGGUUACAACCUGGAUUACACCGGAGUCAACUGUGUCGACACCGAUGAGUGCUCCAUAGGAAACCCCUGUGGUAAUGGAACCUGCACCAACGUGGUCGGAGGUUUCGAGUGCUCCUGCCAUGAGGGUUUCGAGCCUGGGUCCAUGAUGACUUGCGAAGACAUCAACGAGUGCUCCCAGAAUCCACUGCUGUGUGCCUUCCGUUGUGUCAACACCUUUGGUUCCUACGAGUGCAUGUGUCCUGCCGGCUACGUGCUGCGGGAUGAUCAACGCAUGUGCAGAGACCAGGACGAAUGCUCAGAGGGUCUGGAUGACUGUGACUCCAAGGGCAUGAGCUGUAAAAACCUCAUCGGAAACUUCAUGUGUAUCUGCCCUCCCGGCAUGCAACGCAGACCAGAUGGAGAGGGAUGUAUGGACCUGAACGAGUGCCGUUCCAAACCCGGCAUCUGUAAGAACGGACGUUGUGUCAACACGGUGGGAAGUUACCGCUGCGACUGCAACGAAGGAUUUGAGCCGAGCCCCACUGGAACGGAAUGUAUCGCCAACAGAAAGGGCUUCUGUUUCACUGAGGUUCUGCAGACCAUGUGCCAGCAGUCGUCCACCAACAGGAACAGUGUGACCAAGUCAGAGUGCUGCUGCAACAUGGGCCGCGGCUGGGGCUCACUGUGUGAGCUGUGUCCACUGCCUGGUACUGUACAGUACAAGAAGAUGUGUCCACUGGGACCAGGGUACACCACGGACGGACGAGACAUCAACGAGUGUCAGGUGAUGCCAGACCUCUGUCAGAACGGUCAGUGCAUCAACACCAUCGGAUCGUUCCGCUGUCACUGUAAUUUGGGAUACAAGACCGACUUUACCGCGACAUCCUGCGUCGAUCUAGAUGAGUGCGGUCUGUCUCCGAAACCAUGUAACUUCCUGUGUAAAAACACAGAGGGCAGCUACCUCUGCUCCUGCCCCAGGGGAUACAACCUACAGCCGGACGGAAAGACCUGCAAGGAUCUGGACGAAUGUUCAACCAAGCAGCACAACUGUCAGUUCCUCUGCGUCAACACCAUCGGCGGCUUCACCUGCAAGUGUCCGCCUGGUUUCGCCCAGCAUCAGACCGCCUGUAUCGACAACAACGAGUGUGCUGCUGUCAACAGUGCCUGCGGUUCACGGGCUUCGUGCGUUAACACGCCUGGGAGCUUCAACUGUGAAUGCACCAAGGGUUUCUCCCUGGACACCACCGGUGUGGAGUGUGAAGAUGUGGAUGAAUGCAGCAGUAAUCACCGCUGUCAGCACGGCUGUCAGAACAUGCUGGGAGGUUUCCGCUGUGGCUGCCCACAGGGAUAUGUGCAGCACUACCAGUGGAACCAGUGUGUGGAUGAGAACGAGUGUCAGUCGGGGUCAGUGUGUGGCUCCGCCUCCUGCUACAACACACUGGGCAGCUUCAAGUGCGUGUGUCCGUCCGGCUUUGACUUUGAGCAGACCAACGGAGGCUGCCAGGACGUGAACGAAUGUUCCUCGGGCAGCAACCCCUGCAUCUACGGCUGCUCCAACACUGACGGAGGCUACCUGUGUGGAUGUCCCGGAGGCUUCUACCGAGCCGGACAGGGCCACUGUAUGACCGGAGCAGGAUUCCCAGGCCAAUUCAUCGAAGGUGAGGAGGACGACGACAGUCUUUCUCCUGAGGCCUGCUACGAGUGUAAGAUCAACGGCGGUGGAAAGAAUGGACGACACAAGCGCAACGCCGAUAAAAACGACCUGGACCAGGAGCCGGCGGUGAGCAUGGCCAGCGUGGACACUCAGACCUCCAUCCCCAUGAACCUGUCCCUGGCCUUGUUAUCCAACAAGGAGCCUCUGCUCGAGCUCCUCCCCGCCCUGCAGCCGCUGGAGCACCACGUGCGUUACGUCAUCACCCACGGGAACGCCGACGAACACUUCCGCCUGCUGGAACGCCGCGACGGAAAGAGCGUACUCCGACUGGGCAAGAGGCCGCCUCCAGCCGGAUCUUACCGACUGGAAAUUGCCAGUUUGAGGCUGUUUGGGCCCCGGAGGCUAGAGCAGCUGGAGAAGCAGCACGACAGUGACUACCUACAAGGAGAAAUAGGAGACGCCCUGCGCAUCAAGCUCCACAUCCACCUGCACUGAGCUCCGAAUGUGUCGCUGCCCUGGACUGAUUCCUGAAGCCUUUGAGUUUUAACCUGACCUUUUUAUCCAGUCACUCUCUCCUCCCAGCAGGACCGUCCCUCCCCCUCACCC